UUGCUCAUCUAAAUCCAUGGAAUGCCAAAUCUGUUAUACAAGGAAUAAUCAGCACCAUGACUUUGACAAAAAUAAGAAGAAUUACCCUGGUUUAGAUAUACUUAUUUUCUUCAAAUUGAUCUCUUUGAUAUUUCCAACGUCUGAUUUCAGACAUCCUGUAACUAUCACUUGUGCAAUAUUUAUGUCUGAAAUACUACUUGGAUGUCGUAUUAAAAAUGAAAUAGAUAUUUUGAAGGAUCUUUUUAUACUUACUCUUAUAUUAGAUUCGUAUAUUCUAUACAAAUAUGACGGUAAGAAACAGAAGACUGUCUAGGAAGAAAGGUGAAAGAGAAAAAUUGUUGUACAAGAAUAAAAUAGAAAUGAAAGGUGCUAUGCGUGAAAUACGAAGAGACAGAUCUUUCUUAACGAAACUGCAAAUAAAACAACAGAUUAAGAACGAUGAAGAACGUUAAGCGCAAGGUGCAAGAAAUCUUUGGCGAAGCUUUAGUGCAACAGAGUGAAUUAGAGAAAUUAAAACGGAAGAAGUAAUAGUAAUAGAAUAAGCCGCGCAUUCCGGAGUCCGUGUAUAUUACCUCUCUUAGGCAAUAUUGGUAUUUUGAAUGAUUUUGUGCGAUUGUAUCAACGAUGACUUCGGAUAUAAAGGACCGUAAUCACUA